GAGUUCGAACUUCGGCGAAAUCAGAAGCAUCUGUCGGGUCUCCCCAGGACCAUAUCGCGGCCAAGCCUGUUGUUUGUUGCCAAAAUGUCUUCCAUGAUCACAACCACCGCCUGGGUGCCGCGCGGCUUUGCGGCACCCUUCCCGACAAAGUACAACUUUGACGAGGAAGAAUUCGAGCGAAUCGCAAACCUGGCCAAACUGCAGCUUGACGACGCCAAGGAAGACCUCGAGGAGGCCCAAGAGAAGGAGGCUAAGCCAGGAAAGAAAGAAGACUCUGCAGCAAAGGACGAUGACGCCUCAGACAUUGAGAUUGACGACGAUCUGAAGGAAUAUGAUUUAGAGCACUAUGACGACGAUGACGACCAACAGGGCGAGGGCCAGUCUAUGGGCAUGUUUGGGAAUGUCAAGUCACUAGCCUACUACGAAUCCAACAAGGACGACCCGUACAUAACCCUCCAAGACGACGCUGAAGACGAGGACGAAGACCGCGAGGACCUGCAGAUUCUGGCGACGGACAACCUGCUAUUAGCAGCCAAAGUGGAGGACGAGCUUGCCCACCUGGAGGUCUACGUGUACGAGGACUCGGCCGACAACCUUUAUGUCCACCACGACAUUAUGCUGCCCGCGAUACCACUCUGCCUCGAGUGGCUCGACAUACCCGUCAGCAAGCCUGGCGUCGAGAAAGACGGAGUUGGGAAUUUUGUCGCCAUUGGCACGUUUGACCCAGACAUUGAAAUCUGGGACUUGGACACUGUGGACUGCAUGUACCCGAACGCCAUCCUCGGGCAAGGGGGCAAUGCCGAGGAAGACAAGAAGAAAAAGAAGAAAAAGAAGAAGGCAAACGACGAGUACCACGUCGAUGCAGUCCUGGCUCUCGCUGCGAACCGGAAACACCGAAAUUUGCUUGCCUCGGCGUCGGCAGACAAGACGGUCAAGCUUUGGGACCUGCACACGACCAAGUGCGCCAAGUCGUACAGCUACCACACCGACAAGGUCUGCUCGCUGGCCUGGCACCCGGCCGAGUCGACGAUCCUGUUGAGCGGCAGCUACGACCGCACGGCCGCCAUCGCCGACAUGCGCGCGCCGGGCGAGCAGCCCAUGAAGGUGGGCGUCGAGAGCGACAUCGAAAACGUCAAGUGGGACCCGCACGACCCCAACUUCUUCUACGUCUCGACAGAGCGCGGCAUCAUUUACUACUUUGACGCCCGCCACGCCUCUAAGGACCCCGCGGUCAGCAAGACGGUUUGGAAGCUCCAGGCCCACGACGAGUCCGUCUCGUCGUUCGACCUGAACCCCGUGAUCCCCGGGUUCAUGGCGACGGGCUCGACCGACCGGACGGUAAAGCUCUGGAACAUCGGCGCCGAGGGGCCGUCGCUGGUCGUCUCGCGCGACUUUGACGUCGGCAAGGUCUUCUCCACGAGCUUUGGCCCGGAUAAGGAGGUUGCGUUCCGACUUGCGGUUGCCGGCAGCAAAGGCACCGUGUCGAUCUGGGAUACCAGCACGAACCCGGGUGUGCGGAAGGCGUUUGGUCAGAGGGUGCCGGCUAAGGCUGAGCCGGGUGAUGGUGCGGUUGAGGAUCGCCUGGUUGCCGUGGAGGAUGACGAGAGCAGCAGCAGCGAGGAGGAGGAGGAGGAGGAGAAUGGGGAGGAGGAUGACGAAGAUGAGGACGAUGAUGGCGCUAGGCUAAGUCAUGAUGGGGACUCAAUGGAUGAGGAUUGAGGAUCACACAGCCGGAAUCGAUGAAUCUGUUGUUUCGAACUACCUAGGCACUUGUACCUUGCCAUCUUGGAACGAGUUACGUAGAUACCCCGCAUCGGCAUCUCAUGCUCCUUUCCUCUGUCUCCGUGGUUUCGGCAUGUCGCAUACCAUGAUACAUUGUAGCGUCUACUGUGUACUGUGCAGUAUACCCAGGUCGAUGUUAUACUUACGCCGAUGAAGAGUUGACAAAGGAAUCGGAAGUUGCACAUGUGAGUUGAGUUCCUCGCGUUGUGGACUCUUGUAUCCAGCUCCGGUCCCAAAACGGGUGCGCAUGAUGAAAGCUCCGGUAGACAAUAGACUAGCGGCGGGCCAGUUUAUACGCCAGUCCAUGAUCGCCUCGUCGGU